UGACUGGAACAGUUUUGUCCCUGGAACGUUUGUGUGUUUGCGCACAAUGCGCACUGUCAUCUCUCAUCUCAUUUGAGUUUAACAAAUAAUAGGGUCGUUGUCAUAUUGGUUCCUCCAAUCUCAAUUACAUCGUAACUUUCGUUUUCUAUAAAAAUAUGAUACUAAUUAAUGAAGUGAAUACGAAACUUGGUGAAAGAAGUGUCGCGAUUUCAUUAAUAAUAAAUACAAUAUGAACAAAGGAAGCAGUGAACCAUAGCAAGAGCAAAGCGUAGUCAUUUUGUAACGGGAAACGGGACAACUAGAGGUAGACUCAACUUUAACGCAUGCUCUAUGAACGAUAUUCUAGUGAUGAUUUCGUGUAGCGGCGUCGAAUAACAUUUUGAUUUGACGUGUUGUGAACCUAAAGCUUCUUUGAUGUGUAUUCAACAUGAUAUUUACAAAUUUUAAAGUUACAAAUUCGAGUAAUAAACGGUUGAAAUGGUGAUGUAGAUUUUAUAGUGCGUAUUUGUGUAGAUAAUGCAAUGAACAGCAUCUUCUAUCAUGUAGAACUAGCGUGUUCCAUCGAAUAAUAGUUUCGAACAUUACAUUAUUUCAAUGUAUGUAGGUUACGUUCGUUAAAUAAAUUUAUUUAAAAAUGUAUGCAAAAGGAAAGGGAUCAUCAGUGCCGUCCGAUGCACAAGCGAGAGAAAAAUUGGCUCUGUAUGUGUACGAAUAUUUACUUCACGUUGGUGCACAAAAAGCUGCACAGACAUUUUUAUCGGAGAUUCGAUGGGAGAAAAACAUCACGUUAGGGGAACCUCCAGGAUUUUUACAUUCUUGGUGGUGCGUAUUUUGGGAUUUAUAUUGUGCCGCUCCUGAAAGGAGGGACACUUGCGAACAUUCUUCAGAAGCAAAAGCCUUUCAUGAUUACGGUUUUGUGAAUUCUGGCUAUGGUGUAAAUGGAAUUGCACAUAAUACUGGUCCAGCACCAAGCCCCUUAGGUCAAAUGCCACCUUCAGAUGGCAUGCCCAGUGGUCCACUACCUCCAGGUUUCUUCCCAAAUUCUACGUUACGUCCUUCACCUCCAACCCACCCGUCAAGCCAGCCUUCGCCUCAUGCAGCACCACCACCUCCCCAUUCGCAGAUAAUGACGUCGCAGCCUUUCAUGGGACCCCGUUAUCCAUCGGGACCUAGACCUGGUGUGAGAAUGCCACAAAUUGGAAGUGAUUUCAAUGGCCCGCCUGGACAACCCCUUAUGAAUAAUAUGGAUCCCACAAGGCAAGGUGAAGGCGGAGAGUUUGUAGGUUGGCAAGGACCCCCUGCAGCCAUGAAUAGAAUGAAUCCACCAAGAGGGCCUUCCAUGGGUCCACUAGGACCUGGUACUUAUGGUCCUGGAUUAAGAGGACCACCACCCAACAGCAGCCUGGGUCCUGGGGGCCCGAUGCCACCGAUGACGAUGACAGGUCCAGGAGGACGGCCGCAGUGGCAACCUAACACGUCAACGCCCAUGAACUACUCUUCAUCAUCCCCCGGAAACUAUGGAGGUCCGCCAGGGUCGGCUGGGCCCGCUGGCCCUGGUACCCCUAUUAUGCCCAGUCCCCAAGAUUCGAGUAAUUCAGGUGGUGAAAACAUGUACACAUUAAUGAAACCAGCGGUAGGGGGCAACAUGCCCGGUGACUUCCAGAUGGGAGGUGGGCCGGAUGGGUCCGGACCUAUGGGACCCAUGGGACCUAACUCGAUGGGGCCAGUAUUAAACGGUGAUGGUAUGGAUGGUAUGAAAAAUUCUCCCGCAAACGGAGGCCCCGGGACGCCGAGGGAAGAUAGCGGUAGCGGCAUGGGAGAAUAUAACAUAGGAUUUGGAGGACCUGGUGAAAACGACCAAACGGAAUCAGCUGCUAUUUUGAAAAUAAAAGAGAGCAUGCAAGAGGAGGCCAAGAGGUUUGAGAAAGACUCGGACCACCCUGAGUAUUUUAUGCAAUAACUCACUUGCCUCGCCUCUUUGGCUGGUGGACGCCUUUUCUUCCUUCUUAACCUGUACUAACACGGGCGGUGGUGUGCUCAAUACUCAGCUCUUCCAUGCCCACGCGCCAGGCCAUUGACUUCACUAGUCAUGAGUGUUCUGUUCUGUUUGCAGAUAUUCCUGUGAGAGUGAGCUGAGAUAGAGCAAACCGGCCCUGGACUGAACCGUCAUUUGAUAUGAAUUCAUGUGCAUCAUGGUUAUGGUUCCUCAACUUCCCACCACUACUUUCGUUCAUCACAGUUACUCCAAGACAUGAGACACUCAAAUUGUCCACCAGCCUAGGCAAGGUUGGAUAUAUUCACGCCGUUUUGUGUUGUCAUGUACUACUUGCAUGUCUCUACAUUCCUCCUCGGGGUUAGACCAAGAGUUUGCUUCAAAAUUACCGCCUCAGCAUUAUAAAAAGUUUUAGUUUUACACGAUUAUAACUGUCUCUUGGUAAGGCCGUCCAAAGUGGUCUAAAAUUAUAUAUAUUUGGAAAAUGUGAAAUAUGAUUGUUUUGUAUUCAAAAGUAACGUUUAAAAAGUUUAUUUAAACUGUGCAUAUUUCGCUGCUUUCAAUAAUUUUAAAUAGUAAUCAAUUGUUCUCAAAAGAAUUUAAUUUAGUGUUUGAAUUGUAAUCGCUACAAUAUAUUAGUCACAUACAUAUUGAUAUAUACAUCACAAAAUAACACUACACAUUCAUUGAACUUAAAAAUCGAUUUCUUUGAUAUAAUAAACCUCCUGUUAUAAUCAAGUUACGAAUGAAUACUUGUACUUUGAUCUUCCAAUUAGUUUAAAACUGUAUUUGCACCUUUAUCGAUGUUUUUAGAAUAUACAAUCUUUUUCUAAGCAGUGAUGAAAAAGUCUUAAUUAAAUUGAAUAGACAUUAAAAGAACUCACAAUUUUUUAUCAAGGUGUAAGUUAUGACCAGGUAUGAACUGAUUUGUAAGCAAUUUAAACUUUUUGUACCAAUAAGGUGGUAAUUUUGUUGGUUCUCAACGGUUUAGAUGGAUUAGGGCCGGUGCAGCCCAACUCGGCUAGAAUAUCACUUGAAAUCAUCACCAAAUCUACUUUUAUAUGCAUUUUUAAACGGUUCGGUUGACUGGUUGAACUGCCUCUAAUCACCCCGUAUAUUCUCAUUUUUCACCUUUACAUAUAUGUACAUGCGAUAGUUAAAAAAUGCAAAAAGGAGUUCGAAAACCUCUCCACCUGUAAUUAAAUAUACAAUUUAUGUUCUUAAUUCUCUGUACCUUCAACCUGAUCAUUUUCACAUUUUAUUUUCUACUUAAUUUUAUUUCACGAUCUUGGACCGUUAUUAGAAUAAGAAAAAUCGUUUAUUUAUAAAAUUUUCUUUUAAAAAUAUAUACUUAAAUCAGUUGUUAGAGUAUUCAUUUUAUGGGUGUGUGUAUGAAUGUGCUGAUUGAAAUGUGAUAUGAAAUUUUUGUGAAAACGUAUGGAUUCAUUUACUAUUGUUUUCUUUUUUGUAUGGAUAAUAAAAUUCAAAGUU